ACAUCAGUCCUUGUAUCUUAUUUCUCCCCAUUGACGAUGCACGUGUGGGCUACCAAUUGCAACUUCGGGGACAAUUGUUUUUAGAUCCUCUGGAAACGGGGGAAGGGAUUAAAGACGCCAAUUCGACUUCAGGCGUGGAGUUUAAGCGUGCAAAGCACACCGAGCGACCAUUUCCUCCAUUGUGCUGCUCCAGGGAGGCUUAAAACAUGUCUAUCACGGGACUAAAGAAGAAGCAGCCUAAAAUGUUUAAAGUUAAAGUUUCAACAAUGGAAGCUGAAAUGGAAUUCAGUUGUGAGAUGAAGUGGAAAGGAAAAGACCUGUUUGACCAGGUGUGUCGUGCAUUGGGGCUGAGAGAAUCCUGGUACUUUGGCCUCUGGUAUUCUGUCAAAGGAAUGGGCAUUUGGUUGAAGAUGGAUAAAAAGGUUUUAGAUCAGGAUAUUCCCAAAGAAGAUCCAGUGAACUUUUGUUUUUUAGUGAAGUUUUACCCUGAGAAGGUUGAAGAGGAGCUUCUGCAGGAGAUCACCCAACACCUCUUCUUUCUGCAGGUUAAGAAACAAAUAUUGGAUGAAGAAAUCUACUGUUCUCCCGAGGCUACAAUUUUAUUGGCGUCUUAUGCAGUUCAAGCCAAGUAUGGUGACUAUGACCCAAAUCUGCACAAACCAGGUUUCUUAGCUCCAGAAGAGCUUUUGCCAAAAAGAGUUCUCCGUCAAUAUCAGAUGACCCCUGACAUGUGGGAAGAAAGGAUUACUGCUUGUUAUGCUGGACACCAGGGAAUGGCCAGAUAUGAAGCUGAGAUGAACUAUCUUAAAAUAGCACAAGAUUUGGAGAUGUAUGGGGUUAAUUAUUUUCCAAUUGCUCAAAAGAAGAAUCAUACAGACUUCCUGCUUGGGGUCGAUGCCAAAGGGAUUCAUGUCUACAGCAUCAAUAACCGUUUCUCUCCAAAUAAGUCUUUUGAAUGGAGCAGCAUCCAAAAUAUUUCUUAUUCUGAUAAAGAGCUUACAAUUAAGCCCAUUGACAAGAAAGCCGAGGUUUUCAAGUUCUUCUCCUCACAGCCUAAAGUCAAUAAACUGAUCAUGCAACUCUUCAUUGGAAAUCAUGACUUGUUCAUGAGAAGGAGGCGAGUGGAUCCCAUUGAAAUCCAGCAGAUGAAAGCUCAAGCCAGAGAGGAGAAAGCAAGAAAGAAGAUGGAGCACCAGAGGCUGGCCAGGGAGAAGCAGCUGCGGGAGGAAGCCGAGCGAGCCAAAGAAGAACUGGAACGACGCCUCUUUGAGGUGGAAGAUGAAGCUCGGCAAGCUAAUGAGGCACUGCGCCGUUCAGAGGCAGCAGCAGAAUUGCUGGCUGAGAAAGCUCAGAUCGCGGAGGAGGAAGCCAAGCUGUUGGCUCAGAACGCUGCAGAAGCAGAGCAGGAGCGCCAUCGAUUAGAGUUGGCGGCCUUGAAAACCAGCGAGGAGAAGCGACUGAUGGAGCACAAGAUAAGGGAGGCCGAGCUGAUUGCCAUGAAGCUGGUGAAGGAGUCCGAUCGAAGGGUCAAAGAAGCUGAACAUUUAAAGCAGGACCUACAGGAAGCCAGAGAAGCCGAAGAGAAAGCAAAGCAAAAGCUUCAAGACGUCAGCAAGUUUAACUCUCCUCCUCAUACUGUUAAGUCUACUUCAUUUCCGCCUGUGGACACGAGAGAUACCAAUGGUGACAAAGGAUUUGUAAAGAUGGAUUUAAGAGACAUUGAUCUGAAGAGGCUUUCCUUGGAGAUAGAGAGAGAGAGGUAGGAUUGUCCUCCUGUGGCUGAAAUAAGGCCAGGCAGAUUCCAGAUUCAGAAUGUGAAUGGAUGAAAUUUUGUGCCAGAAUGGAAUUCUUCAUGCUUUGUACCUUUAUUCAGAACCUUAUUUUGGUUCAUGUUAUAUAGUAUAUUAGGGACGCAAUGGCUCAGUGGCUAAGACGCUGCGCUUGUCAAUCAG